UCCUCUCACUCACAUCACAUCACACAACCUGAGAAUUUGGCCAUGGCAUCCUGUGUGAUGAAGCGAGCUGGUUCUUCAGCCAUCCAAUCAGUCUCUGCUGCUCUUCGAAUCAGGUCCUACGCAAAGAUUGCAAGUGGGACCGACAUCGUCUCUGCCGCACCCAAUGUUUCUCUCCAGAAAGCUCGCACCUGGGACGAAGGUGUUGAUUCCAAAUUCUCCACCACUCCAAUCAAAGACAUCUUCAAGGACAAGAAGGUUGUCAUCUUUGGACUCCCAGGUGCAUAUACAGGAGUUUGUUCAAGCAAACAUGUUCCUCCUUACAAGGAUAACAUUGAAAAGUUUAAGGCUAAAGGGAUUGAUUCUGUUGUUUGUGUGGCUAUUAAUGAUCCUUAUACUAUGCAUGCGUGGGCUGAGAAGCUUCAAGCUAAAGAUGCUAUUGAGUUUUAUGGGGACUUCGAUGGGAGCUUUCACAAAAGCUUGGAAUUAGUUACUGAUCUCUCUGGUGCUUUGCUUGGAACACGAUCUGAAAGAUGGUCAGCAUAUGUGGUAGAUGGGAAGGUUAAGACUCUUAAUGUUGAAGAAGCUCCAUCUGAUGUCAAGGUUUCUGGCGCAGACACAAUUUUGGGACAGAUUUGAAGUUUAUGUUUGUAUGCUUGUAGUGAGUUAUCAAUAAUGAAUAAAAUGUACCUUUUUUUUUAAUCAAUAAAAUGUACCUGAUGCUUCCCCUUUGA